UGAAGGAUGCGAUCGGGCUGAACCGCUGCCGCCGCCCCGGACACCACACACUCACACACACCAGCCAGACUGAGCCCGUGACAGGCAGAUACAGCCGGCCAGAGCCUCUCUUCAUCUCUCUCACACCCUUCCCCAUUCUCUGGGCUGCAUCUUGCAACAACAACAGCAACAUCCACCCAGCCCCUUCAAGGAUCUCUCUAUCUCUCUCUCUCUCUGUCUCUCUGUCUGUCUCCCUCCUUCUCCCCAUCCGCUGUUCACCGGCAAGGGAAAGGAAGCGAGCCCGCCCCCCAGCCUCAUCCCUGGCUUUGGAUGUGUGAUUAAAUCCCGGCGUCUCCAACAGAGGGUUCAGUCCGAGAGAGAGAGGGAGAGUGAGUGAGUGUGUGUGUGAGUGAGUGAGUGAGUGAGGAGAGGCCAGAGCUACUUUCCAGCAGCAACCAUGGGAUGUACAAUGAGCGCCGAGGAGAGAGCAGCCAUGGAGCGGAGCAAAGCCAUCGAGAAAACCAUCAAAGAGGAUGGCAUCAGCGCCGCCAAGGAUGUCAAGCUGCUGCUUCUCGGGGCGGGAGAAUCAGGGAAAAGCACCAUCGUAAAGCAAAUGAAGAUUAUCCAUGAGGAUGGAUUCUCUGGUGAUGAUGUGAAGCAGUACAAGCCUGUGGUGUACAGCAACACCAUUCAGUCAUUGGCAGCCAUUGUCCGUGCCAUGGAUACCUUGGGCAUCGAGUAUGGUGACAAGGAGAGGAAGGCUGAUGCUAAAAUGGUGUGUGACGUAGUGAGUCGGAUGGAGGAUACGGAGCCAUUCUCCCCGGAGCUGCUGUCCGCCAUGAAACGACUUUGGACAGAUUCUGGGAUGGUGGAGUGCUUCAGCCGUUCCCGUGAAUACCAGCUUAAUGACUCUGCACAAUAUUACCUAGACAGCUUAGAUCGGAUUGGAGGGAAUGAUUACCAGCCGACAGAGCAAGAUAUCCUCCGAACCAGAGUGAAGACCACUGGCAUCGUAGAAACUCACUUUACAUUCAAAAACCUCCACUUUAGGCUGUUUGAUGUGGGAGGCCAAAGGUCAGAGAGAAAGAAAUGGAUCCAUUGCUUUGAAGAUGUGACAGCGAUUAUUUUCUGUGUGGCACUGAGUGGCUAUGAUCAGGUGCUCCAUGAGGAUGAGACCACGAACCGCAUGCACGAGUCUCUUAUGCUGUUUGAUUCCAUCUGUAAUAAUAAGUUCUUCAUCGACACCUCCAUUAUUCUUUUCCUCAACAAGAAAGACUUGUUUGCUGAGAAGAUCAAGAAGUCGGCUCUUACAAUCUGCUUCCCUGAGUACACAGGCCCCAAUACUUACGAGGAUGGUGCAGCCUACGUUCAAGCACAAUUUGAGAGCAAGAAUCGCUCUCCCAAUAAGGAGAUCUACUGCCACUUGACCUGCGCUACGGAUACUGGCAACAUCCAGGUGGUCUUCGAUGCCGUCACUGACAUCAUCAUUGCCAACAACCUCCGAGGCUGCGGCUUAUACUGACUCUACGGUCUAGAGGCAAAUUUGGUGAUGAUUAUUGAAUGCAAGUUGGUAAAUAAAGGCAUAACGUAUAUAAUUCUUUUUAGUUAUCAUAAGCUGCCAACAGAACUAGACUCCUGAAACCUGCAGCCUUAUCACAAACUUGUACACUGUUAACACAGUAUUUCACUGGAUUUUCUGCUUUAAUGACAAAUUUUACAAAAAUCUUUUAAAAAAACACAACCCCACACCCAUCCCUGAACAGACAAGCCCUUUUCUUGGUACCAUGUCUGCCUGUUUUUAACACAUGGCCCGUACUCUGGAAUCAGUGUGACACUUCACCUUCCAAGCACAAGGCUGAGUUUCCAGUGUUUAGUUCCGUGGCAGCUCUUUGACUAAUAUGUUAGGAAACCUGAGGACGCACAGGACAGCACCAUAUCAGCUGCAUUGAGCCUCCCUCUUCAUAUGGUGGAAUGGAACGGCCCUGAGUUAAGCACAGCAACAGCCUUGGAGCUUUCCACUCUGACCGAGGGAGGAGAGGGGCUUCCGUUUACUAAAAGCUUGAAGGUCUAUUUUUUGCCAGAGAAGUUUUUGUUUUGUUUUAUUUUUCUUUGACUGUCCUUACCAGUGCCAACCUGCCCUGCCAUCCAUUCCCCCACUUCCACUACCCUUCCCCACCCACCCCACCUCUCCCUUUGAUGAGCUUGUGAAAAUGGUUUAGAUAAGUUGGUGACCUGAUAAAUAUUUCUCUUCCUCCCUCCCCUCAGAGUGUGCAUGAAGAAUCUCUUGUGUGUUUUGUGUGAUGGGAAGGUUCCCUCAGCCUCUCAUUCUGCAGACUGUAUAAUGGACUAUCCUGGUGCCCUUAUGUACAGAUAGCAUGAUCUUUGGCCUUUGUGAGACACAGCCUUCCUACACGGUCAAUUCAACUUUCUGAAAACUGAAUGGUGGUUGUGUGUUUCAGUAGAAUGCUGUAGAUCUGGUUUUAGCCAAGUCUUUAAAAGUAGAAGCUAAAAUAAUAAAUUAUUAAAAAAAUCCAUUUCUUGUGCUUUGUAGCUUCAAAAGGUUAUUUUUCCCUUUUUUAAAAUUAAAGAAAUUUUGCUGAGAGGUUGUGUACAACACUUGGAUUAGUUAAGCCAAGUUAAUGUUUGGAUUAUACUGGUUCAGCACUGCUUUGGUUACUCUUUAGCCUGACGUCCUGCAUUUGCAACAUCUUUACUAGGCCUGGAGUCUUUCAACCCACACUAUGGCGCCUGACUGUCCCCCAAGACAGUGCAACUGUACAGUAACGAUGAAACUCUGUUUAGACUUCUCUUAGUUCUAAUUGUAUUGGGAUUUUAAAAAAUUAAACUUGUUCACCCUUCAGGUUUGUAUAGAAAAGCACAGCUCUCACUGGCCAAGUAGGUGCAGUAAAGAUGUCCCCGUUUUACAAUAUUUGCUAUGAUACUGUGUAAUAUAUAAGUUAGGCUUCCUUUCUUUCUCGGUGAACGUCUGUGCUGCUAUUUCUUCUUUUUAGUGAAUGGUGUUUUCUCCUGUGGGAUGUUAGUGACGCAAACACCUCGAAUGUAGUGUUUACAUUAAAGCCACAGUUUUCAUGA